AUGUUUAGCGUCUACAAUCAGAUAUCGACACCUCAAGACCAUGUAUACAAGUUGGUGCAGCUUCCGCCUUCCUUGCUUGAGCUUAUGAAAAGUUCAUCAUCUGAAAGCCUUGAGUUCAAGGCGCCAUCCUCGGCCAAAAACCACUUGGUUAUAUGCUCAGACUCCGAAACUUACACAGUGCGCCAGAUGAACCACUCCAACACGGUUUUGCUUCUCAAUGAUAUGGCACCGAACCCGCUAGAAAAGCGUCUUGACCAUUUGGUGCCGUCUGAGGCCGCAGAUCGGAUUUUACUCGGUGUGGGGCUGUCGUCUUAUGAAUAUGAACUUACACCAACAGAAGGAUAUAUCGACACGCUGGAUGUGCCUAUGUACGAUGGAACGGCAGUGCCGAAGUCAGCUAAGACCGUUGAGACUGUUCUUGCGGAUCUGCCAAUCGCUAGAGAAAAGUUCCGCCACCAGUGGCAUCGGAUAUUGGGAUGCGAAAUAGAAGGAGUAGCCGUCCUUCUUUCGCCGCAGUUUGUUACUGAUGCUCUCUACACGCUAAUUUCUGUCCUUGUGGCCGAGAGACAGACUGCCUUUGAUGUUCUGGACGUGGCACCACGCGUGCAAGAGGAAAACCCGAAAAUCACAUCUGCUGUUGUCAAUACGCUAGCAGAAAGAUUCUUCCGGCGGCUGAAUUCUGUGUACGAGCUUGAUGAGACGGAAAUCGCAACCUGGUUUGGAAUCGAAACGCUCAAAAAGACUCUGAGCCCUGUUUCGGACAAUGAGUUACUACUCGAGUGGAAGUCUAGUCUUCCGCCUUUUUUCACCGCUCCUUUGGACUUGGCGCUUCUUCGAGGAUUCUAUUGCCGCCCGGUAACAGGAAAGGUACGUUAUUUGGCACGAAACUCACUUUCACCGGAGAUCCAUGCUCGAAUCAAAGAAAUGUUCCAAAUGGUACGCGAAUGGGAUUACGACGAGUUUCUACCAUUUGUCGCAGAGUUCAUUCCACCGUCAAAGAAGGCGGACUCUGUUUUGCUCAAAUAUACCCGGAAGAGACGGGUAGGCAAGAAGGUGCUUGUGGGACCCAGAUAA